UAUACCCCCCGCGCCAACCACCAUGGGAACUUGAGGAACCAACAACGCAGGAAAAAUCGCAAUCUGGAACUCAGCGAUAUGGCAUCGUCACCCCCACACGAUCAUGAGGCUGCCAAUGGGGCCAACGCAUCCUCCAACCCCGAACUCGAUAUCAAGAAGCUGCACGCGCUGCCUACCGAACAACAAGAACUCUACCUCUUAACCUUUUCGUCCGAUCUCGCUCGUCACGUUGCCUCGCUCGAUGCCGACGGCGCAUCAGCCCACCAAAUCUAUCUAAAAAAGGAGCUCUUCCAGAUCAUCAAUCUCCCCGCCCCGCCCCCGACUCGCGCUAUACGCAACAACCUAGGUCGCGCCUUUUCUGGCAUUUUUGCGAAAGGCGACCGGAAGCUCCUCUUUGAGUCCAUCAACGAGCUCACCCACAUUCUUAAUUCUGCUGGGAAGACGGAGAAGGACAUCAGGGCCAAGCAUGCCGCCUCUCAUUGUUUGGGUGCUGUCUUCGAGGCUGCUGGUGAUAGCGCUAUCGGCCUUGCCCCAAUUGCCACUACAUCUUUACUACAUCUUGUAAAGGUUGCUCAGAGCCAUACGGGGCUGCGUGCUGCUGUUUUGAAAGCAGCUGGCAAUGUGUUUAAAGGUGUGGGCCGCUCUGCUGAAGAAGCGGUGGCCAGAGUUGCCUGGAAACAGGCGCGAACAUUAUGUGCGGGAGACAAGUCGUUGCUGGUACAGUCCCAGGCUUGCUAUCUCUUGGAGCAGCUGGUCCGUCACACCACCUUCUUUGACAACUCGACCGACUUCGAUAAGCUACAGAAUGCGCUUUGGAAAACCAUUGAUAACGGCUCCGCCUCAGUCCGUCAUGCUGCCGCCUCUUGUCUCAGCGCAUCUCUGGUGAAGAAUUACUCGGAAGUAGCACCUGUGGAAAUUCCUCUGGGCAGAUCAAAGACCACCAAGAAGAAAGGCAAGAAGCCUUCAGAUCUGGACGGCGAUGAAGACAUUAUCGAGCGACCCGAUUCCCCUGCGCCGAAGAAAUCAGCUGCCGUAUUAUCGUUCAACAUUGUCUCCCUUAUGAAGGUGCUUUCAGCCCAGUACUGCCGACCCGCGACAAGCAAUCGAUCUAGGGCGGGUAUCGCCUUGUGCUACAUGAAAACCCUCCGCGGCUUGGGUGAACAAGUGGUAGAAUCUAAAUACGCGGAUAUCGCCCGCCAUUUCUUCCUCGACCUUCUUAGCCAUCCUACCAUUGUACAAAAUCGAUACCGAACUUUGUGUACCAGAAAAUAUGUUGCCAUUAUCCUCGAGUUGGUCAUUGGGCGUGAAAUGCUUGGAGAAUCGAGUCAACUCAAUGCUGCCCGAUUUCUGGUCAACGACAUAUUGAAAGACUACCCCCAGUUGCUGAAGGAGAGACCUGAACCGUCCAAACAGACCUUGAUUGGCGCGCUCAGUACUCUGUCUUCGCUACUCAACAGCCUUGGGUCUGCUGCUAAUGUCAUCGCCGAUGCGUGCAGAGACUCGCUGCUUCAAGUCCUACAGCACCCGAGUUAUACUGUUCAGGUCAAUGCAUCUUCCUGCUUGCGCUCCUUUGUGUUAGCUUGUCCACUUCAGCUUCUUCCCGCAGUUACCAUUUGCAUGAACAGCGUCAGCCGCGAACUUGGUCUUCUGGGGGGUCCGCGACAGUCUCCACGACGGUGUGUUGGUCUUGCCAACGGUCUAUCUGCAGUUCUCAGCACAUCCACUUCCCAGCCACUUCAUGGUUCCGUGGACGUGAACUCCAGAGUGUUAUCACAAGCCACAUCGUUGCUGAAAUCUGCUAGCAAUUCGGACCUUCGCAUCUCUUCUACGCAGAUUCAGGUCGCGUGGGUGCUCAUUGGCGGCUUGAUGACACUUGGUCCUAACUUCGUUAAAAUUCAUCUCUCCCAAUUGCUCCUACUUUGGAAAAACGCACUCCCAAAACCUCUAAACAAGGAUAACAUGAUUCAACGAAACGUGUUAGAGCUUAGCUUUCUAGCGCAUGUUCGCGAGUGCGCUUUAGGCUCAAUACUGACCUUCCUCGAAUUCAACAGCCGGCUUCUUACUCUCGAUGUAACGAAACGAUUAGCUACGAUGUUACAGAACACUACUAUGUUCCUGAAUACACUUCCUGCAAAGAAGACCACGGACGAUGUUUCUCAAAGAUUAUCGCCCGCAUUACAACUAAACGACUUUGACCUUAUGGUGCGGAGGAGAGUGCUACAAUGUUACACAAAGCUGGUAGAUCUAAGCCCGGCAGGCAGCAGUGAGGUCCUUUUGCAGACUAAUCUGCUCCCAUUCGCCGUUUCAGCUUUUGCCGAUCCCGACAAGUACACCUCGAGUUCCUUGAGCGUGUCCAUUGCAAGCUCUGCAGGAAAUUUCGAUAGCAUAUGGGACGUUGCCGACAAUUAUGGCUUUGGUGUCACAGGUCUGGUUAGAGGUUUCGACAUCACACCGCUUCCCGGAGAGCAGGAGAACGAGCACCCGCAACAUUGGUCUACACGUCAUGGUCCCGAGGCAAUGAUCGACCGCACGCUUCUGUCGCCUAUCGGGAGCGCCCGUGAACAUGACUCAAUCUCCCUUUACGUUGGAAAACAGAACGAAGCAUUUGACCUCCCCAAUCCACCGGCAACUGAAGUUGUCAAUUCUGCUCUGCAGCUGUUCGCCAAAUGUCUACCUCUCCAGACACCCAAGAUCCAGGAGAGUAUACUCGAGCAAGUGACUUCUUUUCUUUCAGCCAGUAGUCUGCAGCGCGACGUUAACCGCAAAGCUGCCAUGAUGGUGAAUAUUGCCUAUGCUCUACUGGGUACCCUCAAAGUAGCUGUUAAAGAGACUCGAUCUUCGCCUGGCGAUCUCAAGGGUCCUGCUGUAGAGAAGGUUAUUCAAGAGUUGUUGCACCUGUUCAUUGUACUUCCGGAUCCGUACGUUCGCAAUAUAGCCGGUGAGGCCCUUGGACGGCUGUGCAGUAGCUCCGGUAACGCUCUUACCACCACCGAAGUCAAUUAUCUGGUGGAUCAAAUCGUCGCCAACCGUGAGCCGAAUGCGCGCUCGGGGUAUGCUGUUGCUCUGGGUUGCAUUCAUUCGCAGUUGGGAGGCAUGGCGGCAGGCUAUCACCUGAAAAACAUAUUAGGCAUAUUAAUGUCUCUUAGCAACGACCCACAUCCUGUCGUACACUUUUGGGCCCUUGACAGUCUUACACGAGUCGCAGACUCCGCGGGCUUGACCUUUUCUGCCUACGUGACCAGCACACUCGGCAUGUUGGCGCAGUUGUUUGGUUCGGACACCCACAAUGAGGAGUCUGCUUCUCUUGCUUCAUCGAAUCUGGAGCUGGAUCUUCCAACUCCGGCUGUUAUUGCGCGAUGCAUUGACAGUACGAUAAACGUCCUUGGACCUGACCUACAGGAUGUCACUAAAGCACGGGACAUGAUCAUGACACUCAUCGGCUUGUUCAAUGUUGAGUCUGACGAGUUGAUUCUGAUUGAAAGUUUGAAAUGCCAGGAGCAUCUCUCGCUAUAUGCUCCGGGUCAUAUGCAUUUUGCACUUUACGUCAAGCAACUGCAACAGGCCAUCGAGAGUCCUUCGGAAAAGAUUCGAGACAUGGCAGUGGACGGCCUGCACAAUCUCAUGCGUCGAAAUACAGAGGAGGUGAUUCGCACAGGUGAUCCAGGCAUGGAGGAUCAACUAUGGCAUGUUCUUGACAGAGACCCAGAGCACGAGGUUGUGCGGAAUAUUAUCCGCACCUGGCUGCAGCAGACCGGGCUUACCGACACAGCAUCUUGGGUGCAGCGCUGCCACUCAAUCUUAACCAAGACAAAGAAGGUUGCAGAGGCCGAAGAAAAGACGGAGACUAAGCCUAAAGGCGGGCAAACGGAUCUGCAGGAUGAGGAAGUCGCUGGAUUUGCUGCCGCCGCGAACGCCCCGGGAGAAGAUGGUGCAGCGGUACAGAAGAGCCAAGAGUUAUUAAAGUGGCAAGUAAGAAAUUUCGGGAUGGAAUGUCUCAGUGAACUACUUGCUAUGAUCACCAAAGAGGCAACCUUUCGAGAUGAAGCAGCCUGCGUACUGGCUCUGCAGAAACGGGUGGCUGAUGUUGUACGCAUUGCCUUUUCCGCUUCCACUGCGGGUGUCGUUCAACUUCGAAUUCGGGGUCUUAAGAUCAUCGAUCAGGUUCUUAAGCUGUUUGGCAAGACACCGGAUCCAGAUUUUCCUGAAGUGACGCUUCUCGAACAAUAUCAGGCUCAGAUUGGGUCUGCAUUGACACCCGCCUUUGCUGCUGAUUCAUCCCCAGAGCUUGCAGCUGAAGCUGUAAAUGUCUGCGCUACAUUCAUCUCUACCGGCAUCGUGACCGAUGUCGAUCGCAUGGGUCGAAUUCUGAAGCUUCUCGUUUCUGCGCUCGAGAAUUUUUCCAAUGAAACGGAAGUGGCAGCCAUCGGAGACCUAAAAGGACUCAGUUCCAAUGCACAGGUUAUGGUCAAAAUGUCGGUGUUCUCUGCAUGGGCUGAAUUGCAGAUUGCAAGUGCCGAACAAACAUACUUACGCGAUGUUCUCAAGCCUCACAUCGCACGACUCACCCCGCUUUGGUUAGCUUCGCUGCGGGAGUAUGCGCGUCUGCGAUUUGAACCUGAUAUCUCAUCGAUGGGUUCAUCAUCACUCUCCGGAAGCUUGGAUACCAUUUAUGCAGCGCUUAACCGAGAGACACUGCUCAAAUUCUACCAAGAGUCAUGGCUGAACCUCGUCGACGCAAUUGCAAGUCUGAUUGACGAAGAUAGCGAGUUCGUGUUUGACGCCCUGGAUGGCAAAACUGAAUUCGAUGAACCAUCAACUAGUGAUGGAAAGGUGGACCACCAUAUUAACUAUCGUGCGGAGCCAACAGCCUUCUUCUUCGUUCUAUUUGGCCUGGCAUUCGAAGCUCUGGCUGGCCGCCCGGGCGAUUUACAAGCAUCAAAGGAGCAGAUUCUGGAGAUAUUGCAUGCGCUGAAAAAGAUUUUGCGGCCGUCAGUGUCUGGACAGGCUAUCUACCAGGAAGUCAUUUUUUCCGAGACCAUGGAUAUGCUCGAUCGACUUGUAUUGACAGAAGGUCUGCAAGUGCAGACAGUCAUUGUCCAGAUUGCUAGAAAUCUCUGCUUAGGGCAUCCUUCGGCCAGGAAAGACCACCGUGCGGGAGAUGAGAAUCUGUCAGAUGAUAUCGAGCAGUUAUUCGAGCUCACACGCAUUAUGGUGCUGGUUUUGACCGGGCUGGUGCCUAGUCUUGAUGAUAGCAAGAGCGCAGUCCGCCACGAGCUCAGUGAAGAGGCAGUGGCGCUUCUCACCACCGCGCUUUCUGCGCUUGUCGAUGCUGCCCAGGUGUUUCCCUCCAUCAUCAAGACCGAUCUCCACGCCUGCAUUCUACAUAUAUUCGCGACCAUCCUAGGCACCGGACCCUGCCAAGCGAAAGUGAUCCCCCAAUCCCUUCCGGUCUUUAAGCGGUUCAUAACCAGCAUCAACUCCCAAACUGAACCAUCUGCAGAAACGAGCACGCAACUUCGUGCCACAUUAACCCGCUUCCUUCAAAUUUUGAGACAAUCACAGCAACGCGAGUUUGACGCCGCGUUAGCUUGCGAAAAGAAUACUAUCCUCACCACCACCAUCCUCCUCAGCUCCACCGCCUCUGCCUUUGCACCAAAUGAUCCUCUCAUCACUCGAUUCAUCCAAGAGCUCUUCGAUUGUCUCAACAACCGUCUGACCAGCAAAGUCGCCGCAGGCUGUUGCCGUAGCCUCCUUCUAGCCCCCAAGAAGGGUCCGGUGGAGACAUCCAUUGCCAAACAACUCCUCCCCCAGAUUCUCUCCUUCCUCGUCAAUCCUUCCCUUGACCUUGAGGGUCUCGAUGAGUCGCGAACGACGCUCGCUACCGCACUCGUAGCGUUCAUAUCUACAUUACCUACCCCAGACCAACGCCUCGUUGCCGCUAAGGUCGUAGUCCCUGCCCUUCUGGCACGCGUGCGCAAGGAAACCAAAGCUAGUGCAGAGACAGCUGCAAGAUUAAUGGAGCUCGCACAGGCGGAUCAGGCUACGUUCCGCAGCGUAGUUGGCGCACUCGAGGCGGAUGACAGAACGUUCAUGGAGAGCGUUUUGAAGAGCGGGCAAAGUACUGGCCGGAAAGUGGAGAGCGUGGAGAGUGGUGAGCCUAGUAUCGCGCUGAAGAUGAACUUUGGGUAA